CUCUAAUAUAUGAUAUAUACAGUCAGAAUUGCUUCCCUGCUAAAGGGGCAAAAAAGCGAAUAUGUUUUAGUCCUGGGAUGCACAUAUUGUAGUCACGGUCUAUUGUAUCAUUUUAUGUAUGUACAUGCCAUUCUACUACUUAUAUACAUGAGUGAGCAAGGGGAAAGCUCUGGUGCAGCAGUAGAGCCAGGGAGGUAUGUGGGAAUAGUGAGAUUAUUGGAAUAUCCCAAUUUGGUAAUUUUUCCGGUGGUAGCGCUAUUCUUGGAAGCCUGAAAAACCAUACCGUUUCUAGUCAGUGAGUAUUAUGCUUAAUUUUAACAGUAUAGCCUG